AGAUCAUUCUGGCAUAGGUAAGAAUAUAAAAACUACGAUAUUUGGGAAAAUGACGUCUUAUAAAUUGACCGAUUUCGAUAUGGAAAGCAAAGGAGAUGUCGCUCGAUGGUUUUUUACGAUGCAUUCAAUACCAUUUAUUGAUAAUAGAGUACCAAUGCAAAAUUGGCUUUCAGAUUCUAGAUUCGCUAAGAAUACACCAUUCGGCGAUCUACCUGUCCUUGAAGUUGACGGUGUAACAAUAUGUCAACAUAGAGCUAUUGGUAGACUUUUAGCGAAGAGAUUAGGAUACUAUGGAAAAGGCGAUAUUGAACAAGCCAAGAUAGAUAUGAUAGUGGAUUGUAUUUCCGAUAUUAUGGAUCAUUGUGUAGUAAUUCACUUUUAUAUGGAGGAAGGACCUCAAAAGCAGAAGGACCUCUCUGAAUUUUUGAAUAAAACACUUCCACAAGGAAUAGAAAAUCUUUCCAAAUUAUUGGAUCAAAAUAAACAAGGAAUGGGUUUUGUUGGCGAUAGUUUAACGUGGGCAGAUUUCGAAUUUGCGUCACAAUUCUCUUGGUUAGAAGGAUUUGGACAUAAUGCAAAUCUGUCUACUAAGAUGAAGAGUCUAAUGAAUACGGUAUUUAAUAUACCACAAAUACAGGAAUACUGCUCUAAACAUACUAAACACAGUUAUUAA